CGGUUCCUCCCAUCUCUUGCCUCCCACUGCCCACGGCCACAUGGCCCGUGCACCCCUCGACGCUCACUCGGCUCUGGCUCUCGGCGCAGGUGCAGGCUCGUCAAUCAACGACGCCUGAUUGACCCGCGCCAAAUUGAAGCCCUCACCAACUCUUCCCAUCCAGAAACAAAUCUUACCACCACCACCCCCCAAACCCCGUCGGCCAGCAGCCACAAUGUCCUACCCAACCCUGGCUCCCUUUGUCGUCAAGCGGCCCUGGCUGCACAGCGCCCUCAAGCCCCUCGCCAACUGGUACGCCAAUGCUUCUGGCUACCGACAGCUCGGUCUCCGUGCCGACGAUCUCAUCCCCGAAGAGAGCCCCGAGGUUCAAACCGCCCUCAAGCGUCUCGGCGACAAGGAGCGCUACGAUCGUAUCUUCCGCAUCCGCCGCGCCGUCCAGUGCAGCAUCUCUCACAAGCUGCUACCAAAGCAGGAGUGGACCAAGCCCGAGGAGGAUACACCUUACCUUCUGCCCCUCAUCAAGCUCGUCGAGGCCGAGCUGAAGGAGAAGGAUGCUCUCGACACCCUGACCGUCCACAAGAGCCACUAAAGGAUCGCCUUGGGUAUACUGUACCAGGUCAACUGGGAAGGGGAGAGACUGGGCCUGUACUUAGACAGCACUGCUGUGAGAAGGUCGGAGAGGGGGGCAGAUGGGUCAAUCAGGACUCCUCACCAUACGGCGCCUGCGAGGACACCGCCGAGGUUCAUGACGCAAAUAGACGGAUACGGUUCUUAGACACUUCACCCUCCCGGUCAGUGAAAGCGUGAAACAAAUCCGAAUGAGCCCUCCCUGAACCCCAAACCCUGGGUAAUUCAACAUAUUCAUUGGGUGAUAGUCUGGAAAGCACAUGGCCCCACGCCGCACGGAUAGACGGAUAGACCACAAUCGGCGCUGUACAUUGCGUCCAAGACGGAGAAGGGCCUCCCUCCUUACUUGACUGGAUGGCCCCUGAAGGCUUCACACCCAUGACGCUCACUUUUACCACCCACCCCCCUUCCCGGCGUACAAUGCCUCAGCGUUCCUUACGCCACUCAUGUGAAGCUGUGCUCUUCAGAUGUGAGUGACCAGGACAUGAAGUUUCCCACAGUCUUGCAAGACCAACGCCAGUGGAACGCUUCUCAGUAGUGCUACUUCACCUUUGUAUAGAGCGGUUGAUGAAAACAAUCCAGACCCUUCAACUUGUCAAGACUGUUCUCGGCGGCAUGGGGUCAAGCAAUACUACCUCACGGACGGAUGAUCAACCAGGAAAAUGUGCCGUGUUGCUUGAAUGACCACAUACAUCUCAUUGCGUGUGCCUCUGAGGAGCACGCUCAUUUUCUCCUCGUCAUAAGCGGACGAUCCUGG